GAUCAGAUCCAGGUCGCAUGUGGGCAAAAAAACAAAAAUCUGAUUUGGGUCACUUCAGGCUGCAGUUGGAACAUUGCCUUACACACUUAGGCUGACCCUUCACAUGCUGGUACCCUGGGCGGCGGCAGUGGCGCAGCGCGCGCUCAUUACCCAGGCACUUUAUCUUUUUCUUGACUGGCUCGCGGGACCGAACACGCUCUCACGAGGAAGCUGAGCUCUCUCUCUCUCUCGGUAAUCUGUGGCAGCUGGAAAUGGACAGCGACGGGAAAGGAGCUCUUCAGCCGCCUCACACAGAUGAGAUGAAACGUCCAAAGAAAAUCGAGUGGAUGGACAGUAAUCCGCCCACCAAAAGUAAGGAGGGAGAGGAAGAAAAUGAAGGAGUGAGAAGGGUAAGGGUGGGGUUUAAGGCCAAGCGAGAGCGCCGGCAGGGCAGCAGCAGCGCUACCAUGUGUCAGGUGUGCAACAUAAGGCUAAACUCAAGCGCCCAGGCACAGAUCCAUUAUAAAGGCAAGACGCAUCAGAGGAGGCUUCGCCGGCUGGCAAAAACUGUCAAUGCAGGUGCACUGUCCCAGAACCAGAUCCACCCACUCCUCAGUUCCCUGCCCCUCCCAGGUCGACCCGUUCAGCGUCAGACCCAUGCCCAACUGGAACACUUCCUACCACUCAGGGUCAGCAGCUCCUCACCUCUCAGCCUCUUCCCAAACUUCAACACUAUGGAUCCAGUGCAGAAAGCGGUGAUCAACCACACUUUUGGGAUGUCUCAGACCAAGAGGAAGCCCAUCAUUUCAUGCAAUAUCUGCCACCUGCGCUUCAACUCAACUACCCAGGCAGAGGCCCACUACAAAGGUCACAAGCAUGCUAGAAAGCUUAAGGCAAUCGAGACCCAGAAGAAUCGACAGAAGAACGGACACAGCCAGCUGUCUGGAGAAAAAGACAGAAACACAGAGAACGGGCAGAAGGAGGAAGAAACUGUGCCGAUUGAUGCUCAGCUGAAAGAAAAAACAGACCCAAACACCUCAUCCGAGCAGCAUCCUGAAAAAAGCCAGGGAAACUUGCAAACAGCCACUCCAUCUCCCAUGCCUUCAUGCUCAGACUCCUCCUCACCCCCCUCUGCUCACCAGACCCCUGAAGCUUCAGACGGCUCCCAGCUUUCUGAUCUACCUUCAGAUGACCCCCAUGCAGAUGGGAGCAGUAAUGCCACUGGUUCACCAUCAGACUCUGAUCUUCAGGGAAGCUUCACAGCAGGAGAGGAGGAGGCCACAAAGGUGAAAGAGGUGGAAGAGGUCAAAAACAUCAAAAAGCAUCUUCACUGUUCAACAUGCAAAGUGACGGUCAACUCCAGCUCCCAGCUAGAGUCUCACUGUAGCGGGUCUAGGCACAAACAGAUGCUGGAUGGCCAGAACAACAGCCAGUCGCAUCGCAGAGUCAAGUUGGCCUCAACUCCGAGACCAAAGGGUCGAAUGAAACAGCGCAUGGGGAGCAAAAGCAGAACGGUUGUGGGUGUCACCAAUCAAGUAUUUCAUUGUGAACUGUGCCAAGUGUCAGUUAACUCAGAGACGCAACUAAAGCAGCACACAAAUAGCAGGAGACACAAGGAGCGUUUGGCGGGGAGGCCUGUCAAAGCCAAGUUCACCCCUUAUAAUAAACUCCACCCUAAUGCCGUCUUAGCGACUAAACUGGCCCUGCACAAGCAGCUGUCCAAAGCCCUGCCGGCAGGGCUCCUGACUGGCCCUUUCAAUCCAGCUGCACUGUGCAGCAUGACGUCCGGGCCCCUGGCGCUACGACUGCCUGUCGGUCCUACAGCCAUUCUCCCAGGUCCCAUUAUAAACCCCACACUAUUCAGGCCUGCUCCAGGACCUCUAAGGGCAACACAUGCUCCUAUAAUCUUCUCUCCUUAUUAGCAAUUACCACAAGCUGCUGGAAGCUAGAGAGGAGUUGACAUCUUUGCCAAAACUAGACUUGUGGAAAAAAUGAUCGUGGCCUACUGUGGAAAAUACAGUUCUUUCAGGGUGACACUGAAGCACAGCCGUCACAAAGGGAGCAACAUGAUGGCCAGUUGAUGGAGGACAGGAAGCUGCAAGAGAAGUUUGUCUGCUUUAAAAGAGAAAAGAUUAACUUUUACUUGACUUUUGAGUGCAUGUUUCCCUGGGUCUGGACCUAUCUGCAAGCCAUAACUAUGUACAUCUCUUUAGUCUCAUCACUGAAAACAAUAAACCGAUACAUAAAGCAGUGUAAAUGCUUAAAGACAUGCUUUCAUUUAAGAGAUUUCUAAUUGUACUCUGGGGGAAAAAUAUCAGCUUUAGUUUUCAUAAGAAAAUCUAAACCUUUGUUUCCAUGCAGUGUUAUUAUUUUGUAAAAUAUGUUAGGAAUAUAAACAACCUCAACAUCUAAAACUGACAGCAGAAAUCUGCAGUUUUGCACUGAAGAGAAUUUUGUAUUUUCACAAAGUUGAAAUGUUUUUCAAUAUCAUUUGAUGUUAAUUUUCUUUCUUGUGACUGAUUAUGGAUCUACAGUGUCUUUUUCGGUCUGUCUGUGUCGGUGUCUCUUAAUAUUUGUUUUGAAAAAAAAGAAGGGUGACAAUCAACCACCGUACUUACUUGAAUAAAUGAGCAUCUGUCAAAUGGAGAUAUACGUCUGAUGUAUAAAAGGAGAUGGUUUGAAAUACAGUUAUAGUUAUAUGUAGUUUGGUAUAAUCAUUAAAGUUUACAUUUUGAAUUACCCCAUUUGAAGUAUUUUUUUUAAGUGGAAUAAAAGAUCAAAAUUGGGACGUUUGAUUUAGAAAAACAAAAUCAGAUCAUGAAUGAGAGUGUGAUGAAUCCUCCAAAAUAUUUUGGGGGCCAAUUUAAAAUUGUUUGGAAAUAUGUUGCACACAUUCAUGAGCAAUACACAGAGGCCCAUUUCUCUUUGCCACUCUACAAAAUGGGAAAAACCAGAGCACAUGUCAUUCACAUUUACAUGUCAAUGGUCCUUUUUUAUUGUGCCAGCUGACUUUUAUUAUUUAAGGAAAACAUUUCUCUGCUGUUUACAGUGAGUCAAACAGGUGGAUUUAAAAUAUGAAGUUUCCUGUAAGGUAAAAGCUGAAUACUGUUUGUGCAAUAUGAAUGAGGAGAUUCUGUAUUUCCUGUUCAGCGAUAUUUAAAUUCUACAUUUUAAGAGUUAUUUAUGUUGUGUUAAAUGGGAAAAAUCAAUACACCUUCAUUGUAGAUUAAAUCUAGCACAUGACUGCUGAGACUCACUAAGCAAUAUGUUUUUCUUUUUAUGUCACCUGCUAAGAUUAUCAAGAAGUGUACCUGUUUAUUUACUGCAAUAAUGUAAAUCAUGUGAUUUUAAGAAUAUUAAUGUAUUCAACAUUAACCUAUAAAUGUCUUGUUUUUUUACGGU